GCCCCGCGGCGGAGCCACCGGAUAUCCGGCGCCGCCUCAGGGAGCCGCCCGGGCCGAGGGAGGCGAGAGGCGCAGCCCCGCACCGGCCCCGAUCCCGUCCCGUUCCCAUCCCGUUUCUAUCCCGUUCCCGGCGGCUGGGCCGCCCGCCGGCCUUCCCCGCCGCCGCCAUGGGUUGUACGCUGAGCGCCGAGGACAAGGCGGCAGUGGAGCGGAGUAAGAUGAUCGACCGCAACCUGCGGGAGGACGGCGAGAAGGCGGCCAAGGAGGUGAAGCUGCUGCUGCUCGGUGCUGGAGAGUCUGGGAAAAGCACCAUUGUGAAGCAGAUGAAGAUUAUUCAUGAGGAUGGCUACUCAGAGGAAGAAUGCAAACAGUAUAAAGUGGUUGUCUACAGCAAUACUAUCCAGUCCAUCAUUGCAAUCAUAAGAGCCAUGGGAAGGCUAAAGAUAGACUUUGGGGAAGUUGCCAGAGCAGACGAUGCCCGUCAGUUGUUUGUAUUAGCUGGAAGCGCAGAGGAAGGUGUGAUGACUGCCGAGCUAGCUGGCGUGAUUAAGCGGUUAUGGAGAGAUGCUGGAGUUCAGGCCUGCUUCAGCAGAUCGAGAGAGUAUCAGCUUAACGACUCUGCGUCAUAUUACCUAAAUGACUUGGAUAGAAUAUCCCAGCCGACCUAUAUUCCGACUCAGCAGGAUGUUCUGCGGACCAGAGUUAAAACUACAGGCAUUGUGGAAACUCACUUCACCUUCAAGGACCUGUACUUCAAGAUGUUCGAUGUUGGUGGCCAACGGUCAGAGCGGAAGAAGUGGAUCCACUGCUUUGAAGGUGUGACAGCAAUUAUCUUCUGCGUGGCCCUCAGCGACUACGACCUCGUCUUGGCCGAGGACGAGGAAAUGAACCGGAUGCACGAGAGUAUGAAACUGUUUGACAGCAUUUGUAACAACAAAUGGUUUACAGACACAUCUAUCAUUCUCUUCUUGAACAAGAAAGACCUGUUUGAGGAAAAGAUUAAGAAAAGUCCACUAACGAUCUGCUAUCCAGAGUACACAGGCUCCAACACGUACGAGGAAGCAGCUGCAUACAUCCAGUGUCAGUUUGAAGAUCUGAACCGGAGAAAAGACACCAAGGAGAUCUACACGCACUUCACCUGUGCCACUGACACCAAGAACGUGCAGUUUGUGUUCGAUGCUGUUACAGAUGUUAUCAUUAAAAACAACCUGAAGGAAUGUGGACUCUAUUGAGAAGGAAGGGGCGUGGGAAGAAGUUUUUUUAUGAUGUGGCGUUUUGAGAACCAGACUCUUUGCUGCCUCGUGGGGACAGCUGCAAGCAUGAACAGGACCAGGGAAAUGAAAACAGCAUGCAGAAUCGUUGCAUUCUUUAGCACAAUCUUCUGUAUUAGGGACCUUUUUAUUGAUAUGAUGGGAUGUUGAAGUUAGGUCAAGGUGGAACAACUGUUAGUGUGACUAGAUCAUCCUGGCAUCGUUUGGAUGGUGUAAUCUCAAAUGUGUACAGCUGUUGUGAAGUUGAGGUGCUGGAUUCCAGACCUUCGAUAUGUAGCUUUCUCUCUUUCUUUGGUUAACAAGCCACCACUAGUCUGUUUUUAAGGUUUUUUCCAUCAAGAAAACUAUAACUUUACUAAAUUUUAUUUCUUUAUUUGCAAACGAAUCUUGUUUUAAAAAUAAAAAAACAACAAAAAAAAAAUAUAUCACUUAACUAUGCACAUGUGACCAGAUCAUGCAGAAAGUAUUCCUCUUAGCAGGAACUCUUUGUUUUUAACACUUGGUAUGGUCAGGAUUUAAUAUUUCUGCAACUACUUAAAGGAUCCUUAGAGCUCUUACGGCGAUAGCUUCGGCUUUUUCUGAUGUGUAAUUUGUUACCAUCCUGCUGCCAUAAGGCUUUCGAAAGAAGCUUCUGCAGCAGGAUAAGCGGGUCUUUAGCUUACGGUUGGGGGUGAACCUGGUUGAUGCUGAUACCCAAGUGGAGGUUCUUUCUGCGUGGUAAGCAUAAAGCCAGCUUCGCGGCGAACGUGUGCCCGGCCUGCGUCUGUUGGAGAGCUGAAAUGCUGAGCUCCAAACCGGAUGGGAAACGCGUGCUGCUACAGAGCUACUAAAUCAACCACUUUAGAUUCUUGUGCAUUUUUGGUCUAAACCGGUGGGCAACUUUGUAAAGGGUGCACCUUGUUCUGCAUUUACCAUGGCCUUUUCUGUUCAGAGACUCCUAAACUGUAUUGACAAGCAUGCCUUUACUUUGUAUAUGUGGUGCCAAAUUCCUGUUUGCCAUUGUUUUUACUGUAGUAAUGUUCAUAACCAGUCAGUACAUUCCUUUGCUGAACCAUUUGCAUUGAGACUCUUUUUCCCCAGUUUGUCACGUGUACAGUUUCAAUCUGUUAUAGUUGUUGGCAGUAUUAAAAUGGUGAGUAAACA